AUGGCAAGAAGCAAGGAGAGAAGCGAGAAGGAACAAGUCAUGGUUUGGUUGAGCAAUGCGGGCAAGAUUUGGGACGCGCAAAUGUACAACAUCUCCUCUCUUCAUAGGCACGGCCUACCCCUCCAAGGCAUUCCAGGUUCCUUCUUUCCGCCCACAGCAACCUUCCAUCCUCCACUCAUCUCCCUCUCACCCUCCAACUUCAUGAGAAGCCUCCUUAAUCCUUCCUCUUUCCAACGCGCAACAACUCGAGCUUUCACCACGACCGCACGCAUCAUGGGUGUCCAGAAGACCAUCAUCCAAGAGGGCAACGGCCCAUCCCCACAGAAGGGUGACAAGGUCACCAUGGAGUACACUGGCUGGCUCAAGACCCAGUCCGGCGACAAGGGCAAGCAGUUCGACAGCACCACUGGCCGUGGUCCCUUCCAGACCCCCAUCGGUGUUGGUCGCGUCAUCAAGGGCUGGGAUGAGGGUGUUGUUCAGAUGAAGCUCGGCGAGAAGGCGAAGCUGGACAUCAGCAGCGACUUCGCUUACGGCGACCAGGAGUUCCCUGGCUUGAUCCCCCCUCACUCUGACCUCAUCUUCGAGGUCGAGCUCAAGAAGAUCAACUAG